UGUCAUAAUCUAGAGAGGUUCUAAAUGAGGAACUGCAACUGAAGGCGUAGCCUCGGUCCAUUUAACCUGUAGCGCGCUUUCAGUUCUUGCCAGUUGCCACGGGAACCGAACGCAUCAGGUCCACUGGUCCACUGGCCAUGGCCGCGCCACCGCAGAAGAAACCCGCGAGCAACGGCCGGUGCCGCGACGGCGAGCCGCACGUGCUCCUCGUGCCGUACCCGGCGCAGGGCCACAUGCUCCCGCUCCUCGACCUGGCGGCGCUGCUCGCCGCGCGCGGGCUCGCGGUCACCAUCGCCGCCACGGCCGGCAACGCCCCGCUCCUGCAGCCGCUGCUCGCCGCGUGGCCGUCCGUCGGCGUGACCGCGCUGCCGUUUCCGGCGGCCACGCCGCUACUCCCGGCGGGGGGCGGCGAGAACACCAAGGACCUCCCGCGCCACCUCUUCCGGCCGUUCAUGGUCUCCCUCGCCGCGCUCCGCGCGCCGCUCCUCGCCUGGUGCAGGGCUCAGCACCAGCAGGGCCGCAGCGUCACGGCCGUCGUCUCCGACUUCUUCACGGGGUGGACGCAGCCGCUCGCCGCGGAGCUCGGCGUGCCGCACGUGACGUUCUCGCCGUCCUGCGCGCUCCACCUCGCCAUGUCGCACUCCCUCUGGCGCCACCUGCCGAGCAGGCGCCGACCCGGCGACGCCCACGAGGCCGUCACGUUCCCGGAGAUCCCCGGCUCGCCCUGCUUCCCGUGGCGCCAGCUGUCGGGGCUGUUCCGGCAGUACGUCGCCCGCGACGAGGUGUCCGAGGCGAUCCGCCAGCUCUUCCUGUGGAACCUGGACAGCGCGUGCUUCGUCGUCAACUCGUUCCGCGCUCGAGCGCCCUACGUGGUGCGCCCGCUCCCCGACCUGGCAUCGAAGCGGGUGCUCGCCGUGGGCCCGCUGUCCGACGCUGUGGCCACCUCCGUCGACCGCGGCGGGAAACCCGCGGUGGCGGCGGCGAGCGUGGCGGCGUGGCUGAACGCCUUCCCCGACGGCUCCGUCGUGUACGUCAGCUUCGGGACGCAGCACGUGCUGUCGCCGCCGCAGGCGGCCUCCGUGGCGGACGCGCUGGCGCGGAGCUCGGCGGCGUUCGUGUGGGCGGCGCGUCCGGGCACCGCGGUCCCGGACGGGUUUGAGGCGGCGACGGCAUCGCGCGGCAUGGUGAUCCGCGGGUGGGCACCGCAGGUGGAGAUCCUUCGCCAUCGCGCCGUGGGGUGGUUCCUCACGCACUGCGGCUGGAACUCGGUGCUGGAGGCCGCGGCGGCCGGCGUGGCGAUGCUGGCGUGGCCGAUGGGCGCCGACCAGUUCACGGACGCGCGGCUGCUCGCGGAGGCCGGCGUGGCCGUGCCCGUGGCGGAGGGCGCCGACGCCGUGCCCGACGCCGGAAAGAUGGCGAGCGCGAUCGCCGCCGCGGUCGGGAAGGGCGGGAAACCGGUGAGGGAGCGCGCGGCGGAGCUCGGCCGGAAGGCGGCCGCGGCGGUGGCGGAGGGCGGGAGCUCGCGCAGGGACCUUGAGGAGCUGGUGCAAAUGCUCACGAAGGUCGUCUAGUGCGUGCCUAAGACAGAGCUAAUUAAUCCUUCCAUGGGAUUGCUCUCAAGAUUUGCUUCCUCACCAUCAGCUGCUUCAGCAUCCUUUGCGUCAGAUUUCCCACGGCUACCAUCCAGGACAAUACUCAAGAUCUCGUAGAUCGUGCCAUACAACCCCGCUGGAGUCUUGGGCUGAAAUUUCGCAUGAAACAAAAUAAAUUAGGUUCAUUUUUUGCUAUAAUGAAACACAGGAAUACAUUCAGUGUACUUACAGCGGAUCCACUACAGAUCAAAGCAACCUCGUACAAAAAGUUAGCCACCGCCUUAGCUUCUCUGCUUGUUUUUUAAAAGAACCUGCCAUAUUUCGUAGUCAUAUUCUUUAUCGUUAAUUCCAGGAAAAUAUGAAAUAUAACAAGGUGAGUGGAGAGGGGGAAGUCUUACAUUCAACUUAUUGACAAUAGGGUGAUGAGGGUUAAUUUCAAAAGUCAAUUCUCCCCUCCUAAACUCUGUCGUGGUACCAAGCACUUGUGU